UAUGUGUUAGGCGCAAAGCACGAGAGUCGGGGCGAAAAACGCGUCUUAUCUUAUCUUCGUGUACAGGUAAAUGUGCCGCAACGUCGCGAUUCCGCGGGGUUCAUUGCGUAUCAACCCUUACCCCGUUUGCAAUUCCCCCGAACUGUUAUCUUUUUUUUUGCGGUGAUAGUAGUGUGUUCGUCGUACGAUUGCGGCUAGAUUCCAAGAAUCGUGUUAACCCAUCCGUGUAGCAGCUAUCCUAUCGACGGAAGUCGACAGCACCGGGAACACGACAGCAGUUACCCCAUAUCCGUACGGACGGUCGCCAUCGAUCCCUGUUUCAGAGUUAGUGAACGGUUUGCUUCUGCGGGGGUUGGCUCGACGUCGUCGUCGUUGUCAUUCUUGUCAUCGGUCACGGACGGAUUUAAGGAAGAAGUGAUUAUUUCUGCCGCUCACUCACUGGCUACGAUAUACCUACGGUUUGACAAGGUGCUAAUCGGUCUGUUUAUCGCGGUGUCGUCCACGGAUCGUUAGUCGGUCAUGAAUUAAAAUGGCACUUUUCUCGAGCUUGUUCGGCAUGGAAAAUAUUUGCCCCAGUGAUUAGCGAAAAGUGAAAUCGGGUGUGUAAUUCGUGCGUCGAUCGACCAGCUGCUGAAACUCAUAUGAUCCAAGGGUGCCGUGUUUUGCUGGGAGUCAGAAACUAAUUGCUCAAGUGGUUAGGGGAAACGGAUCCUCUGGGAUUGCGACAGAACGGAGAUGGUUCGGGAGGUGGCGGAUGAUGAGCUCGGUUUGAAUGAACUGCCUGCGGUGGAGGUGUCGGCGUCGUCGUCGUCGCAGGGACAGGCGUACCGGCGGUCGUCGUUCUGGUGCUGGGGAAAGGGUAACCGAGUAUCGCAGGAAGCCGACUCACUCAGCAUCAAAGUGGGCGGCGAAAACCAUGACAAGAAACCGAAGGCGCACGAGAUGAACCGUAUCAAGUCAACGAAGUACACGCUGCUGACAUUUCUUCCGCUGAAUUUGGCGGAACAGUUCCGGCGGGUGGCCAACUUCUACUUUCUGUGCAUGACGAUCAUCUCGAUUGUGAUAG